AUGCAGGACAAAGCAGCAGAGAUAAAAGAGCCAGAAGAAGAAUCUCCAGAAAAAACAAUGAAUAACUCAGGACUUAAAUCUUACGUGAUAUACCAGUUUCAGGCGCUGGGGGUGACCGGGGUGGGCAUGGGCACCUUGGUAUCGCUCAUGGCCAUGGGCUACACCUCUACUGCCUUGCCCUCCAUGAGGAAAGAUCCACACUUCUCUAUAACCCCGGAGCAGGAAUCGUGGGUAGGGGCGGUGAUGCCGGCCUGCGCUCUUCUGGGGAGUGUAGCCUCUGGGCCGCUGGUGGAUCGUCUUGGGCGCAGAGCAACACUUAUCCACAUUACUUGGCCCAUGAUGCUAUCGUGGGUUAUGAUAGCGUGGGCUGAGGGCGUGGGCGGCGUGCUGGCUGGCCGCAUGUUGGGCGGGCUGUGUGUGGGCGUGCAGACAGCCGCCCGCGUAGUCUACGUCUCAGAGAUCUUGGAGCUGAAGCUGCGUAGUGCCUUGUCCGUCAUUCCAGCUGCCACCGCUAAUCUGGGUCUCCUGGUGAGCUAUGGUGCAGGGAACUACCUUACCUGGCGAGGGCUGGCCUGGCUGGGGGCUGUUCUCUCCCUGCCCACAGUGAUGUUCUUCUACCAUGUUCCCGAGACACCUUACUACCUCACCCGUACAGGGAAGAGAGAAGAGUCGCUGGCUGCGUUACGUCAGCUGCGACGCACAGCCCAGAUUGCUGAAGAAGAGCAGCGGGACAUCAGCAACAAAUGCAGCAGUGGUGAAAACAACGCCCAUGUCAGUAUGUGGGAGCUAAUACAGCCGCCCAACUUGUGGCCUGUGGGCGUGGCUGCCGCCCUCAUGGUAGCACAACAGACUACCGGUUACAUGGCGGUGGUCUCCUUCACCUCUAAUAUCCUCAACGCCGGCGGGGAAGGCGCCAGCAACAGCAGCUCUUCGUCGGUGUUUUUGGGGGUCUUCAACUUCCUGGCCACCUUCGCGGGCAUAUACGUCAUGGCGAGGUGCGAGAGGCGGUACCUUCUCCGUGUGUCGACUGUCAUACUUAUGGCGUCCCUCCUUGCCUUGUCUCUCUACUUCUGGGCCCUCAACGCAGGAGGUUCCGUAGCCGCCAUUGCCAAUAGCAUGAAUCUGGUGCCGGUGAUGGCUCUGACGGCCUACCAUCUAGGCUCCUCAAUAGGCUGGCGGAUUUUGCCUUGGGUCUUCGUAUCAGAGGGAAUGCCCAGCCGAGUGAGAGGGAAAGCCGUGGCUGUGGUGGUAGCCAUCAACUGGGCCUCUGCUUUCUUGAUCACCAAGACAUUUGGGUGGUGCAUGGCGGCACUGGGCGGCCACACCACCUUCCUGGCCUACGCCGUCAUGACGGGCGUGAGCACUUUGUUCAUCCACCCCAUCAUGCCAGAGACCUUCCGUCAGUCCAUCACCAAGAUGGAUCAACUUUAUCAAGAGGCAGUAAAGCGAAAACAACAAUAGGUUUCUGGACUCGUCGUUUCGUAAUCUCACAAAACUCACUGAUCACUAAAUGAAGAAACGACGACGUUUCGGUCCGUCCUGGACUCCUUUUAGGGUCCCGGUAGUAGUACAGUCGGGUUCGUGCUCGACGCAUAAUCGAGAAUUCCGGGUUCGAUUCCCGGUCGGGACAGAAAUGGUUAUGUUUAUAUUAAAGGGACAUAUAAUAAUGCUCUCACAUUAUAUCUC